AUGUCGGUCACACUCACCGAAAACCGCACAGUCUACUCGCUGGGCAGAACGCUCGCCGACUACGACCUGCAACACAGCGGCGAGGAAAACGACGUCUCAGAAGCUCCCAAUGCUCGCCCUGCACCACAAGGUGCUGGCGACAACCCAGCAGAUUGGGUAGACAACUACCGCCGAGUCCCUGACUAUCGCCCUGUCGACCACACUCUCGACUUUGCUUAUCGCGAUACUACACAAAAUGGCAUCGAGCGAGCUUUCAUUUGGAACAUGUUUAGCGGAAUCGUUCUCACAUCGGCGACGAACAGACUUUGGAGGGCUACUGGUGGAAAGUUGAAUGACACAUACUUCCGUUGGCAGGUUGGAGGAGAGCAUUAA